AAGCCCUAGAGUCCACAGUCCACACUCUAUAGUCAGCUCAUAUUGGCAAAGCAACAUUUCGCAUACACAGAGAGAUGUCGAAAUGGUGGCGCGCCACCGCCGGCGGCCUGAGGAGAGCGGCGGAGUCGACAAGGUCGUACCACACGAUACAAGCUAUCCCCAGAGAGAUCACCGGCAACAGAGUGUCCGCCAGGGACAGAGCCCAGGGCCGAAUCCCCGCCAUCGUGUCCUCUGAAAAACUCGUCCAAAUAAACCCUAGCGGCUGCGGCUUACGCACCACCGUCAAGGAGGUCUCCAGAAAGCAUUUCCUCACCACUGAGAAGAAACAGAUUAAGGCCAUCCUCAAGUCUGUUGAGCCGCCGUUCUUCUUCUCCACCACCUUCCCCCUCCAGAUCCGCGCAGGUUCAGGUUCCUCCAUCCUCCUCGAAUCCGGAAAGGUCCUCCCAGUCAAGAUUCACAGGGAUAAAGAAACAGGAAACAUUUUGAAUUUGGUUUUUUUGUGGGCCGAUGACGGAACGGAGUUGAAGGUUGAUGUGCCCCUUGUUUUCAAAGGGGAAGACGAUUGUCCAGGUUUCAAGAAUGGAGGGCAUCUGAACAAGAUAAGAACUAGUUUGAAAUAUCUGUGCCCAGCAGAGCACAUCCCUCAAAAAAUUGAGGUGGACAUUAGCGAGUUACAAAUUGGAGAUAGAGUGUUUAUGCAUGACAUUGAGGUUCAUCCAUCAUUGAAGCUUCUUAGUCGAGACGAGAAGAGGCCCGUGUGUAGGAUUGUAGAACCGAAGUUGGAAAGUGUAGAACCGGAGUUGGAAAGUGUCGAACCGAAGUUGGAAAGUUCAGAAUCUGCGCAGUAGCACUGGAGUUUCACCAGCGCAUUCUACAAGUUGCUAUUCUUGAUUGCACUAGGUAGGAUGCCCAAGCAGAAAAGCUACGUGACACUACUCUUCAUAACGUGUUGAUCCAUGAUCAUUUUUGCGACAAAAUCAUUUUGCUGAUUUGUUCAUAAUGCGUUGAUCUAUGAUCAUUUUUGCGACUUUAUCAUUUUGCUGAUUUGAAGACGAGUUGAGUGGUGGGAAUUGAAACCAUUAAACUUGUAGCUAUUAGUGGAAGGCACAAAUAAGAUUGUUGUUUGUUUGCUUUA